AUGACCUCCGAUGCUAUCAAGAACCUCGGUGUCAAUGAAUCAACCUCACUUUCAGCACUCCUGACCACACUUCUACCCGCGUUGGUCAUCGCCUUUUUUUGGUUCGGUCUGUUCUUGGUAUGUCGACGUACGCAACUGCGUUGGUAUGCCCCGAGAUCUCACUUGCCGUGUUGGCACCAACAUGAACGAAGUCCCAAGUUGCCCAGAGGCUUCAUCAACUGGUUUGGGCAGUUUCUCAAGAUAUCUGAUGCGCAUGUUCUACAUUCCUCCUCCAUGGACGGAUACCUCUUUCUGCGGUUCCUUAGGGUGCUGUGUUCUACUUGUUUUACUGGUUGCCUCGUCACAUGGCCUAUCCUGAUACCGAUUCACGUCACCGGCGGUGCAGGAAACACUCAGCUAGACGCACUCAGUUUUAGCAACGUCAAAGACCCGACCCGGUACUAUGCACAUGCUAUCAUGGCAUGCAUCUUCUUCAGUAUGUGCUUCUGGGGGCUCUUCCAAGCAAAAUCACUAAUUAGGGACACUGCAGCCUAUGUCUUUUACGUGGUCACUCGAGAGAGUCUCUUUUAUGCGAAUUUGCGGCAGGCGUAUCUCAAUUCACCUGCCUAUGUUCGUCGUAUAUCAUCGCGAACGGUGCUGUUCAUGUCCGUGCCAGAAGAUUACAAGAACGAGCAGAAGUUGCGGCAAGUCUUUGGCGAUUCUAUUCGAAGGAUCUGGAUCACUUCCGACUGCAAGGAGCUCAUGAAGAAAGUCCGCGAACGGGACAGUUUAGCUUAUCGGUUGGAGAAAGCGGAAACCAACUUGAUUCGAACAGCAAACUCGGCCCGUCUCCGCGCAUUCAAGAAGGGAGUGAUCACUUCAGACACGUGUUUGGACUGCGAGAGCGGGACACAUAGCUGGCGUAAGAAGAUUCGCAGACCGAGUCACCGUGUGAAGUUGUUUGGACCCAAAGUUGACUCCAUCUGCUGGUUACGCGACGAGCUCGUGAAAGUAUCAAAGGAGGUAGAGUACCUUCAGGAACAGCACAAGAAUGGGAAGAUGAAGAAUCUUUCGGCUCUGUUCAUCGAGUUCAACUCCCAGUCCGAUGCGCAGAUCGCUCUACAGACGCUCUCUCAUCACCAACCGCUCCAUAUGACGCCUCGUUUUAUUGGUAUCUCUCCUAAAGAGGUUGUCUGGUCGUCUUUGAACCUGAGCUGGUGGCAGCGCAUUGUGCGCAAGUUCGCGGUCCAGGGUGGAAUCGCUGCCUUGGUUAUAUUCUGGUCCAUCCCCUCCGCUGCUGUUGGGGCGAUCUCGAACAUCACCUACCUGACCAGCCUUCUACCUUUCCUGGGCUUCAUUGACAAGCUACCUUCAUCACUGAAAGGAGUGAUUGCGGGACUGCUACCGUCUGCAGCUCUGGUCCUUCUCAUGUCAUUUGUUCCGAUCAUCUGUCGCUGUAUGUCCCCAAGACUAAAGUCCAACAGGAAUAAAAGAACAUUGCUGACACUUGUCGAUUCAGUCCUCGCCAGACGAGCAGGUGCCCCAUCGACAGCCCAUGUAGAGCUCUUCACACAGAGCGCGCACUUUUGCUUCCAGGUCGUCCAAGUCUUCCUUGUGACAACCCUGACAUCGGCAGCAUCCGCCGCGACAGCCCAAAUCAUCAAGAACCCUCUGUCAGCAAAAGAUCUUCUCGCCCAGAACCUACCAAAAGCCACAAACUUCUACAUAUCAUACUUCUUGCUCCAGGGCUUAACAAUGAGCUCGAUGGCAGUGGUGCAGGUCGCCGGCGUUCUUGUAUUUAAAUUCCUAAGUACCUUUUUCGACCGCUCCCCACGCCUCCUUUACCGACGCUGGGCAUCCCUCAGCGGAAUCGGCUGGGGAAACGUGUUCCCUGUAUUCACCAACAUGGGUGUCAUCGCCCUAACAUACUCCUGCAUCGCCCCCCUGAUCCUCGGCUUCGCCUUCGUAGGCCUCUACCUCGUCUAUCAAGCCUACCGCUACAACUUCCUCUUCGUCUACGACAUCGAAAUAGACACAAAGGGGCUUGUCUACCCGCGCGCCCUCCAGCAUCUUCUAACAGGCAUCUAUCUCGCCAACAUCUGCAUGAUCGGCCUCUUCGCCAUACGCGCCGCCAUCGGGCCCUUGAUCAUCAUGGCCCUUUUCACCGUCCUUACCGUACUAGCACACAUGUCCCUCAGCGAGGCCCUAGCCCCACUCUACACCUUCCUCCCGCGCACCCUCGACACAGAAGAAGAGCAGCAGUCGAAAGAAGACGAGACGCAGGCCCUCCUGCGCCAUCCCCGCAACCGCUGGGAGGCAGCCUGGAAAUGGUUCCACCCGAACCUGUACAGAGAUUAUGCGGCGCUGCGGCGCAAAGUGCGCCGGGACCAUGUCGAGAUCAGAUACUCCGAAGAGGAGGAGCGGAAUGCGUACUUUGAGCCGUGUAUUCGGGCGCGCACGCCGACGCUGUGGAUUCCCAGGGACAAAUGGGGGUUUAGUCACCAGGAGAUUAUCGAGACGCACCCCUCCAUCCCGAUUACGGAUGAGGGGGCGCAUCUGGAUGAAAAGAAUAAGUUUGUCUGGGAUAAGUAUGAUCCGAGCCUUCCGCUUUGGGAGUUGAAGGUUCUGUAUUGA